CAAUUUCUCAAAAUUCCGGCGCUGCAUCUUAUACGAGGCGCAUAUACUCUCCCCUCGUACUCUCGCUCCUUUACGUCUUCCUCUCUCUCAGCACUUAUACUUGAGCGAUAUUCCUCCAUCCUUUAGUCCGCUAUGGCUCAGUACUCCUACGACGAGUCGGGGAGCAUGGCUUACUUCCUUGUGCUCACCUUUCUCGCUGUCGUACUCGCACCCCUCACGUACUCGUUCGUACCGAGUAAAGGAAAGGCGCAUUAUGACUCCUGCCCUUGCGUAGAGUGCAGUGCGAACCAACUGCGUAUACACAAACGUAAACAAAAGUCCUUGCUCAGUCUGCGGGUUGGCCCCAAGGCUCUCAUUACACUCGCAUUAUGGAGCGCAUUUGUGUACACGCUGUACAAAGUUGCUACCUUAGAGAUUGACACGUCGAUCUACGACCCGUUCGCUAUUCUUGGUAUUCGAACUGGAAGCAGUGAGCACGACAUCAAGAGACAUUACAAGAGACUGUCCCUGAAAUUUCACCCGGAUAAGGUCAAGCUUGCCGUGAACGAGACGAUUGAGAUGGUACAAGAGAAGUUCGUAGAGCUGACCAAAGCCUAUAAAUCAUUGACAGACGAGACUGUCCGGCGCAAUCUUGAGCUGUAUGGUCAUCCCGAUGGGAAGCAAGAAUACAGCGUCGGCAUCGCCAUUCCAAAGUGGAUCGUCGAGGGGCAGAACAAUAUAUGGGUGCUGGCCACCUAUGGUGUUUUGUUUGGGGUCGGCCUGCCCUUCAUGGUCGGCCGGUGGUGGUUCAGUUCCCGCCGGUAUACAAAGGAUCACGUUCAGGGCGCGACUGCAACAGUAUUCUUCAAGAACUUGCGCAACUCCACUGAGUAUGCGACACUCGUCGAGCUUUUGGGUCAUGCAUGGGAGCUGGAGACGCCGCCGCACCGUCGGUCACCCCACGCCAAUGAGACUCUGGAUGGGUUGGUCAAGAUCGUGCGAGAGAAGGUGCCAGAAUGGGUGCCAGCCGGAGUGUUCGAUCGGGCCAGCACGAGGCGAGCAACCGCACUUUUAUGGGCGCACCUCUUACGCUUGCCUCUGGUGGACGCCUCGCUUCGACAUGAGCAAGACGACCUCUUGCUAACAACGCGGGAUAUGCUCAAAUCCAUGCUUUCCAUUGCGCUUUCUCACAAUUGGCUCGCCCUCUCGGUUAAAGUCAUGCAGCUACACGCCGUGUUGGCUCAGGCGGUCAUUCCAGGCUUGCCAAAUGAAGUCUUGAAGCAGUUACCCCUCAUUAAGAUCGAGGAAGUUGCGGAGGAUAUACCGGAGGGAUUGGAGACUCGUUUGAGGCUGUGGAAGAGAAAUGGCGAUGAGCGAUUAGAGCUGGCAAAAAAGGCCUUUAGCAAGUGGGGGAGACUAGAGGUGGUAGAUGCAUACUUCAAAGUUAUUGAUGAGAAGGUGGUCACACCUGGCGCAAUUGUUCACUUGGUCCUCAAGCUUCGAUUGCAGCCGCUUGAAAUAUUAGAAGGACCCAGUGACCAGGCUGAUUCCAGGGAUUUGGACACGUCCAAGCUCAGUAACGAUAGCGAGACCGCGUUUUUGUUGUCGCGGAAGGAGGCCGAAGAUCUUCCAAAAGGGGCCGUGACGCCCGGUUUAGCGCACGCCCCAAGAUGGCCUGAUGCUCGGAGACCAUCUUGGUGGAUUUUCAUCGGUGAUCGAAGAACAGACCGUGUGGUUGUGCCCCCCAUCCGCAUCACCAAUAUCCCUUUAUCAGACGAGAGCCGGCCAUCUCACAACUAUCGCAUGUACAAGAUCCAGUUCCAGGCUCCACCACAAGUCGCCAUUUAUCCAUUCACCGUGCACAUUAUGAGUGAUACGUAUAUUGGAGAAGAUGCAGUGAGGGAUGUGAAGCUACAAGUGGUGGAUCCGGCUGUUCUUGGUGCCGACGCUGAUGCUGAGGAUGAUGAGAUAUCUGAUCCGGAUGAGGAUACGCUUGAGGGACAGCUUGCCGCGAUGAAGGGUGGUCGCGUUAAGCCCUCGCCGAUCCAUGGCGAUGAUAAUGAGGAAGAGGAUGAAGAAAGCGGUACGGAUGAUGACAGCGACGAUGACAGUACCGACAGCGAUAGCGACUAAUCCUGUAUUAUAAU